ACGUCAAAAACGUCAGUUGUCGGGCAACAACAACAUUGGGUGUUCGUGCCGCGAUUUAUUGUUUUGUUGUGGACUUGAUAUUAAUAUGGUAUAUUUUCCAGUACGAAAGUGUUAUCAUGUAGCUAAAAUAUGUCUUCUAUUGCUACUAGUAGUGUCUUUAUUAGCUUUAUUUGAACAUUAUCGCGGUGGGAAGCGAGCGACGAAAGCGGAACUUUCAGAUCCAAUAGAAGCUGAAUACGAAAGGCAAAUAUUAGAAGAUGAGGCUCGAAUUAUACCAGGACUUGGAGAAGGUGGAGUUGCCGCACACUUGCUGGGGGAAGACAAGCGGUUGGGCGAGGAAUCGGAAAAGAAACUGGCCAUCAACGUCCAUUUAAGCGAAAGGAUCGCAUAUAACAGGACUUUAAAAGAUCACCGCAACCCGGCGUGCAAGCGCGUGGUUUACGACGCGGAGCUACCGUCCGCGUCGGUGGUGAUAAUCUUCCACAACGAGCCGUACUCGGUGGUGGUGCGCACCAUAUGGAGCGUGGUGAAUAGCGCGCGCCGCGACCAGCCCUGGUACCAGCACGCCAACUUCGUCGACAGGGACACCGGCCGCACCAUGACACUGGGUUACCCCGGCCAAGACCCGAACUCCCCGUUAGUAUACCUGAAAGAGAUCAUCCUAGUGGAUGACAACUCUACAUUACCCGAGCUCAAGGGUAAAUUGAGCCACUACAUCCGGACGAGGCUUCCACCUGACUUGAUCAGGAUACUGCGGCUACCGGAUCGCGUGGGCCUGACCCGCGCCCGGCUGGCCGGCGCCCGCUACGCGGCGGGCGACGUGCUCGUGUUCCUGGACGCGCACUGCGAGGCGCAGCGCGACUGGCUGCGGCCGCUGCUCGGCCGGAUCAAGCACGCGCCGCACGCCGUCGUCGUGCCCAUUAUAGACGUCGUCGGCGCCUCUGACUUCUACUACAGCGUGCAGGACCCGGCCGUGUUCCAGGUGGGUGGGUUUACGUUCAUGGGCCACUUCACGUGGAUCGAUGUGCCCGAACGCGAGAAGAAGAGGCGAGGCUCCGACAUAUCGCCCACUUGGUCGCCGACGAUGGCCGGCGGGCUGUUCGCUAUCAACCGCGCGUACUACUGGGAGCUGGGCGCGUACGACGAGCAGAUGGCCGGCUGGGGCGGGGAGAACCUGGAGAUAUCCUUCAGGAUAUGGCAGUGCGGCGGCACGCUGGAGACGGUGCCGUGCUCGCGCGUGGGCCACGUGUUCCGCAGCUUCCACCCGUACGGGCUGCCCGCGCACUCCGACACGCACGGCAUAAACACGGCGCGCAUGGCGGAGGUGUGGAUGGACGAGUACGCAGAGUUGUUCUACUUGCAUCGGCCCGACCUCCGGAAAAAUCCUAAAAUCGGCGACGUGACGCACCGGCGGGUGCUGCGCGAGAAGCUGCACUGCAAGAGCUUCCAGUGGUACCUGGACAACGUGUACCCGGACAAGUUCGUGCCCGUCGCACACGUCCACGGAUACGGCAGGUUCUCGAACCCGGGCAGCGGCCUGUGCCUGGACACGCUGCAGCGCGAGGCCGGGUCGCCGCUGGGCGUGUACCCGUGCCACGCGCGCCUGCACGCCACGCAGUACCUCGCGCUGUCGCUGGCCGGCCAGCUGCGCACCGAGGAGGACUGCGCCGAGCUGCAGUACGCCAGAGAGGAAGAUGUGAACGAGGUCGGGCGGCGCGUGCUAAUGGUCAACUGCCACGGCAAGCAGCGCGGGCAGAAAUGGAAGUACCUGCCGAGCGGGCAGCUGCAGCACGAGGAGUCGCAGCUGUGCCUGGCGGCGGGCCGCGAGGCGGGCGACGACGCCCGCGCGAGGCCGUGCGGGCCCGCGCCCGACCAGCGCUGGCGCAUCGACUACAGCCGCGACAACGACUUCCGCGCCGAGGGUGAGGAUGAGCCGAGCGAGCAGGAGCAACGACUGCGGAAGCUGCGCGGACAACGCCGAAUCUCUCGCUCACUGCUGUCGACGGACGAGACCGAUACCGACGAAAAUGACAUUGUGCAUACUUCGCACCCGACUCCCAGACGCCACUCGUACCGCGUACGCAAGCGGCCUCACAAGCACCGCCGUACCAAGAACAAGUUCAUAGUGAAGUUGCUGCGUACCCUCAUGAACGGCACGGAGGAGCAUCUAGAGCUGGACAUACACUGCAAGCACAAGAAGCUGUACCCCAAUAACAGCUUCGUGAGGGACCUGGUCAGCAUACUUAACGAGAGGAACAUCAAGGUGAUCAACAACGGGCGCGUGUUCGAGCGGAACAAGGUGAUGGAACUGUCUCGCGGCCACAGCCGGCUGCAGCACACUCAGGGCGAGACCGAAUGGCCUCCAAAGAAGCGCAAGCGCGGAAGGUCUGAGCUGCGGACGUCGAGCGCGGCGACGGCGGCGCCCCCUGCCGACAAGCGGAUCAUCAUCGAGGAUUUCGUCGAGCUCACCACCGCCACCGCGCCCGCCACCAAGCGGCCGACGAAGAAGCACAAACGCAAACGCUUGCGAUCGUCCGCGCCCACGACGGCCGCCCCCUCCCCCUCCCCCUCCCCCCGCCGCCGUCGCCCGCCACGCGCGCGGCACGAGCUGGUGGCGGUGUUCGGUGACAUCAGGAACGACCACACACACAGCGGAGUGUCCUCGGACGUGGAGUCCAUGAAAGCGGAGCCACGGUCGUGGUCGACGGAAGACGUGCCGAUGGCGAGCGGCUCGGACAGGGAGAGUGAGAGAGACGCAGCUAGCGCGCGGCGCGGCGGCGAGCGAGGCGGCGAGCGAGGCGGCGAGCGAGGCGGCGGCCGCCAGCACGCGCCGCGCGGAGAGUCUCGGUUCCCUCGCAACAACAGCCGCGCCCCCUACACGCGGCGCUCUGAGCGCGGACAUGCUCGCGAGCAUGCUCGGCCGCGUGUUCACACCGACAGCGAGGGAAAUGAAAACGAGUCGGAUGACGGCGACACUCGCACGCACUCGCUCGCCGAGCAUGCUGGCGAGCACGCGCGGCCGCCGCCGGUCAAGGUGGUGAUGCGAAGCAACCUCACCUUCAACCUGGACGACGAGUUCUUCGCGUUGCGUCGACAGGCGCGCGAAGAUGUCGCUGACAUCAUCGGCGAACUGGCAAUACCUAGCAACGCCUCCCGUGGCGCCCCACUCGUGCAGACGAGACUUGAACCGCGCGAUGACACGAUACAAGACCGGGGUAACACACACCAAGGGAGGGGUAACUCACACCAAGGGAGGGGCAACUCACACCAAGAGAGGGGUAACUCACACCUAGAGAGGGGUAACUCACAUCUAGAGAGGGGUAACUCACACCAAGAGAGGGGUAACUUACACCAAGAACAGGAUAACUCGUUUCAAGAGCAGGAUAAAACAAAAGACGAGCGAAAUGACGCGGUCAGCAGCGGCGAUGGUGUGUUACAGUCCAGUGACGAGACCUACAGUGCGUCGGACGACAGUGAGAGUGACUAGUGAGCUGAGGGAAAUAGUGUCGUAACGACAGUGCGAUUAGGUUGAUAAUGCGACGGACGCGUUAUGGCGGCAGAAAUCAGAAUCGCCAGUAUUGUUUGAAGGCAGCGUUCUACGAGCGAAACGGUACAUUUUCACCAAAGGAAAAUUAAUUGAAGAACGAAAAAUAAUUUAGUGUUUUUCAUACUAACUAUAUAGUUUUUUUUAAUGGUAACAGUGUAACCCCUGCGCUAUCGGUAUACACCGGCGGGGCACCAAUGAGGGAUGAUAGGUGAGAAUGAAGCAGGUCAGUUAGCCCAUCGUAGUGAAUACACCUGGAAUUCAGCACGAUGGUUUCCAGGGGCUACGUGGAAGUCAAACUGACAGAGUAUAUUGCUAGCAAUGGGAUUGGUGGUCCAUAUUACUAACAAUACCUCCCCGGGGGGAAAGGGAUUGUUAGUAAUGGAGACUAAAAAUCCCAUUGCUAGCAAUAUACCCAACCAGGUCGACCUCCUCGCGGUUCCCCCUGGAAACUAUCAUGGUGAAUUCCUGAUGAAUUCAUCAUGAUGGGCUAACUGGCCUGUUUUCAUUCUCAUCUAUCACCCUUCACUGGUGCUUCGCCAGAAUAUCCCGUUAGCGCAGGCGGGGCUACCAUACCAUUUUCAUCCACCAAAAAAAAAUACCUCCCCCCCCUCCCCAAUUGAUGUUUGUGUUACUACUAAAGUGGUCUAAACUCCUGUUGACUAAACAUCCCUUCCUCCUAACUUGAUAGUUUCACUCACCGUGUAUGGGAGACUCAAAUUUUUUUGACAUUUAUCGAGGCGCGUUUCUUUGGUGAAAAUGUUCAGUUUCCCCGAUAGAGGGCUCCCUUCAAAGGAUGCUAUUUCGGCUUUAUCCUGUUGAUGUUUUAUCCAUUCAUUUUGUGACUUGGUUAAAUCAUAGAGGGAGACUUUGUACAAAAGUCGAUUGCUUGGGUACCUCUGUGCCUUUCGUGUUUCAACCGUGAAGCAGUUGUGUUUGCAUGGCUGUGUUUCGGUUUGAAGGGUGGGAUAUGGCGUGAAUUUACAGGGUACAGAGGAAUAACACCUGAGUCAUCAAGAAUGGCAACGCAUGGGGGGUAUCAUGGGCGAAACAGAACUCUGUUAUGUCCAUGGUACUGCUCAUGUCUAUAGGCGACUAUUACCACUUUCCAUCAGGUGGGCCAUCAGCUUGUUUGCCAUUCAUGUUGUAUAAAAAAAUCAAAUGUUUUGAUCAAUUUAUUAAACAUAUCAUUUGAUCAUUCGACGCAGAAAAAAAUGGUCAAGUGCGAGUUGCACUCACACAUCGAGGUUUCUGUACAUGGAUUCUUGCAUUAUACUAAAUAGAGACUUAAUACAAUAAAAACUAGACCGCAUAUGUAAGUUUGUUUUUGGAAGUUUUUUUGAUAAUGUCUCAAAAAGUGUGCUAGUUUGCAAACAUCGUUUUAUUUCUCCUGUAAUAUUCAUAAAUUGUUUUACAAACUGUAAUUUUGUAUAAUGCAGUAUGUGUGGGCCAACAGUAUGUAAAAUUGUUUCAAAUUUCAAAUCGUUAACAUUGUUAGUUGCUGAGGUAUCUGUCCCAACAGAAGGACGAACGGACAAAGUCGUAUCAUAAUUCCCUUUCCCUUCCGACAAAAGGCCUGGUGGCUGUAGCUGCAGGUUUUCCUAGUUCAGCCCUCAGUCUACACAAUACAUACACUGUGUAUUUUUAAGUAAAUAGUUUGUUCAUACAGUAUCGUGGAAUUUUUUUUUAUACCACUGUGGUGGCAAACAAGCAUACGGCCUACCUGAUGGUAAGCGGUUACUGUAGCCUAUGAACACCUGCAAUACCAGAGGUAUUACGCGCGCGUUGCCGACCCUGAAGAAACCUCUUUACCGCCCCCUUUGAAGAACCCCAUGCUGUAGUCUCUUGGGAAAACCAUUUGAAUUUGAAUAAUUCAUUGAAUUCAGACACUAGAAUAUAACUCAAUAUCAGCCAAAGUGAUAUUUAAUAUAUUUUGCCAUUCCAGCACCUUUUUUUAUACCACUGAAGUGGCAAACAAGCAUACGGCCCACCUGAUGGUAAGCUGUUACCGUAGCCCUUUUAUUAUGUCUAUAUAUAAAUGUUUAACGAGAAAUUUUACUAUGUUAUCUCUCUUGUCAGAUAUAUAAAUAAUAUUAUAUAUAUAUAUAUAUAUAUGUGUGUGUGUGUGCGUGUGUGUGUGUGCGUGCGUGCGUGCGUGUGUGUGUGUAUGCGUGUGUGCGUGUGUAUCACUAGUACAAUACGCAUCCUACAGUGUCUUGGUGCUCAAUAAAUAAGUGUACUUAACUAUGUACUAUACGCAUAUAGAAAUAAGAUAUGUUUUUGUUUGUAUUUAGUUAUAAAGGAUCUACUAAGCAGAACUAUACUUAUGUUCUCUUUUAAUACAGUAUUGUGCAGUGCGAGUUGUAGAAACUAGUGUUAACUCACGGGUUCGCCCGCGUUAAUUGGAAUGAAAUUAUUGCAUAUAGAUGUUGUAGACCAGGGGUGGCUCGACUUACUUGACUACCAACAUACAUACAUACUUCUUGAAAUCACAGAUGAAACAACAUAGUUCAGUACACAACUGUGUAGUAUUGUAGUAUUUGUUAUUUCAUUACGAGGAAAAACAAAACUGAAACUGAUUCUUAGCAACUACUUAUUUAUAUUGGUGCGAGCGUUGCGUCCGAGCAUCUUCCGCUGGAUUAGCAAUAUAUUAUAUUGUUUGCCUUGCCACCAUCCACUAAUAGUCGACUAAUAGUCGCGAUCGACUGGUUGGCCACCCCUGUUGUAGGCUAUUGGCACUUUGUAGAGUUUGGAGUUAUUUUUUAAAUUUUUUUUGCAUAACGCUCAUGUGAUGUAAUACCAUAUCUUAAAUAGUAUUCUAUUGGUAGCUAUGUACAUUUAGGCCCAUGAACAUAGGUCUGGAUGAAGCCUAUACCUAAUUGUUGUUAGAUAUUUUUUAUUAAAUAAGAUAGCAUUUUCCCCAGUACGGUCUUUGCCUAUUUUACAGAAAAAAGGCGGGAAUUUUAAAUUUAGAAUCUAUAUAUGUAUAUAAAAAAUGUCUCUCUAAUUGAAACAUAUGUGUAGGUCAUAAGGGCCAUGCUCCUUUCUUGUUCAAUUUGGAUAAAUUAUAAAAGUACAACUGUAUCUCUCUAACCACUACGUUGGCAAAAUCGCUGAUCUAAAUGGGUGGCGAAUUUAUACCGAAGUGUGGCAACAUUGCAUUACAUUAUUUGUCAGUGUUCAAAAAGUAUUGAAUGUUUUUCAAUAUUUCUGAUAAAUUAUUUAAAAAGUGCUGUCUAAAAAGCUUGAGAACGAAAAUAUUUGCAUAUUUUUAUUUUACUUCAAGGUUUCAAAUAUAUUUUUCCCAUUAAAAUUCAAAUUUCAGUCUUACUAUAACGUUUUAUGGUUUGAAAUUUAAAAUUAUGUCUUUAAAAAUAGUCGGUGAUGAUUCUGUAUUGCAGAAGUUGCUACACUUUGGUAAAAAACGCUCUUGACAGGAAUUUUGUAUAUUAUACAAAAAAAUAUCAAAUUGUUAAUUAUAGCAUAAUAGAUUAUAUAGAUAGAGCGUCGAGCUUCAAAAACGGCUCAACUUUUUGUCAGCUAAUUGUCAAAUUAUCUGACUCGUUUGUUGUAUCAGUGUUCUAUAUACUUACGUAUAUAAUGUUCUAUAUAUAUAUAUAUAUAUAUAUAUAUAUAUAUAUAUAUAUAUAUAUAUAUAUAUAUAUAUAUAUAUUUUUUUUUUUUUUUUUUUAAAAGAUGCAAAAAUUUUAAAACAAUAAAUAUGGAAGUUAUAAAGGAAUCACUCGUAACUAUUUAUCACGCAAAAUUGUAUGAAAAAGUUGACACGCUUUUCUCGUUGCAUUUGUAUGGAGACACUCUAUCUAUAUAAUGUAUUGCAAAUGUAUCAUGCUAUUAUAUAAUGAACAGUUUGUUAUAUUUAUCUAAAAUUUGUCAAAUACUCUAUACUAGCUGUUGCUGCGACUUCGCUCGCGCGGCGUAUUUUCCGUGAUGACUUGUACCUAUAUAUUGUAACGGCGAGUGGCAAUAAACCUCAAGACUGAA